AUGGAUUCACUUGCUAAGAGAGAAAAAGAAAAGGAGAAAAAACGAAGACAAAGACAGAAACUUAGACUAAAUGAGGAAAAACAUAAAGAGGCUAAAUCUAAAGAUGCUGCCAGGAAAAAACAGGAGAUAAUUAUGUUGAAGGAAAAUGCUGCUCUACAUUCCAGAAAAUAUAAGCAUGUCAUUAACAAAAUCAGACAAGGAACUGCUAAUCGUGUACAAACACAUCGUCAAAAGAAUAAAGAACAGAGAGAAAGUAUCCCAGUUACACCAAAUUUCCAACAAAAAAGAAGGCAAAAGGAAAAACAUUGUAAAGAUGUACAAAACCAUCGCAAACAUGAGCAAAUGAAAAAACAAGCUAACAGGGAGAGGGUAGCAAAAUAUCGCUUAAGAAUGAAGUUGAGAACUCCACAAGUACCGGUACAAUCACCACAAACACCAAAUAAUGAGUUUUCAAAGACACUUAACAGUGGAUAUAAACAUAGGAGUAGUGCACAGAGGGCUUUUAUGAGAGUUAAUAAUUUGAUUCCCUCAACUCCCGCAAAGAAAGUGUGCAUUAUUGAGAAGCUUGUCUCAAGUACAACCCCAAGAUCUCGUAAGGCUUUAUGUGAAAGUGAAACAGUGCAGACAAUUAUGAACUCAAAUAUGUCCAGAAAAAAACUAAGUGCUCAAUUUGCAUUGACGGAAUCACUAAAAGAUGAUCUUUCACAAAAUAAACAUAGAACUUCAACAAGCAUUGUUGCUAUGAAAUUGUUACUGACAGCCCGCAAAGUGUCAUCAGUUUCAGAUAUGUUAAAAAUUUCAAGGAAGAGGCUAGCAAAGUCAAUUCAUCGGGAAAAUGUUCAAAGGAAGAGUAGAAGUGACAAAAUCAGUGAUGAAAACAAAGAAAUUGUCCAUAACUUUUACCUGGAGGAAGCAAGUCGUGAUGCCGAAUAA